AUGCAGAAUUACACUCAGACCUCCACUGACUUCAUCCUCCUGGGCCUCCUCCCCCCAACAACGGCUGGACUUGUCCUCUUCAUUCUCAUCAUCCCCAUCUUCCUGAUGGCCCUGGCUGGCAACCUGGCCAUGGUCCUUCUCAUUCUCCUGGAUGCCCACCUCCACACUCCCAUGUACGUCCUGCUCAGUCAGCUCUCCCUCAUGGACCUCGUGUACGUCUGCACCACUGUCCCUAAAAUGACUUCUGACUUUCUAUCUGGAAACAAGUCCAUCUCCUUCAUUGGAUGUGUGUUCCAGGCUUUCUUCUUUGUGACUUUAGGAGGUUCGGAAGGACUGAUUUUGAUGUCCAUGGCCUAUGACCGUUAUGUGGCUAUUUGCUUUCCUCUGCACUACCCCAUUCACAUGAACAGAAGAGUGUGUGUGCUGAUGAUCCUGGGAUCUUGGACACUGGGCACUGUCAACGCCUGUGCUCACAUAGUAUAUGCCUUUCAUAUCCCUUACUGCAGAUCCAGGGCCAUCAAUCACUUCUUCUGUGAAGUCCCAUCCAUGUUGCCUCUGGCCUGUGUGGACACCAGCACCUAUGAGUACACUGUGUUCUUCAGCACCAUCAUCUUUCUCCUGCUCCCUUUCAUUGUCAUUGUGUCUUCCUAUGGGAAAGUUUUCCUUGCUGUCUACCGCAUGUGCUCACAUGAGGGCAGGAAGAAGGCCUAUUCCACCUGCAGCACUCACCUCACCGUGGUGACUUUCUACUACGCACCUUUUGUCUACACCUAUCUUCGCCCAAAGUCCUUCCGAUCUCCAACACAGGCCAAGAUAUUGGCUGUCUUUUAUACCAUCCUCACCCCAAUGCUCAACCCUAUGAUCUAUAGCCUGAGGAACAAGGAGGUGAUGGGGGCCCUAGAAAGAAUGAGUAGGAAAAUCUGCUCUGUUAAAAUGAGUUAA